AUGGAUUUGUACUCAAAAUUUCAACUCCCAAUUAAUAUACAAGAAAGCUUUCUAGAGAUCAAGGGGAUCACUAUGGAGAAAAUUGGUUCAAGAAAAUUUAUGUCGAUGACAACAUUGGAGAUGAUGCUGAUAAUGCUUGUGUUAGGUGUAGCGUGUGCUGGUGACUCUCUGGCGCCUUUCCACCGUCAACAUUUCCUUCUAUCUGUCCCAAGCUCUCCGCUUCCACUUUCCCUUCUUCCUCUUGCUCCUUCUCCUCCGCGCCGCCUUUUCUCAAUCCCUGCACGUAACGAUAUGGUCAUGACAGCCGAUACGGUUCGUAAAAAGCCUAAACAUGUCAAAAUCUCUAAAGUUAAUCCUGAAACCUUUGGAAUUCGAAAAAGGGUAGCACGUAACGAUAUCAUACCAGCCGGUGUGAUUCGUAAGCUGCCUAAAUUUUUUAAAAUCCCUCGAGUUAAUCAUGGAUUCUAUAGAAUUCGAAAACGGGUAACUAACCUCCCUGUAUUUCCUAAACUCGCUAGAACUACGGGAAAAUUGUUUAAUGGGAUGAUGAUGUGUGAAAUGGUUUGUCCGGAUCCAAGUGACCAAGUAGCUCUAGAUGAUGGAUUGUGUUCUGUUAUUUGUCACCCAUUUGCGACGCUUGAAGGAAAAAAACCCGGGGCUGAGAAUUACCUUGAUCCGACGGAUCCAGCUGAGAAAAAUAUUCCGAGAGGAGAAGGAAAACCCGGGUCUGGGAAAAGUGGACCAUGAGCACCAAAUUUGAAUCUAGUGUGGAUUAAGCGGAAUGCUAUGCACCAGCUACGUACGACCGCUCAACAAAAAUUAUUGUGGACUUAUUAUUAUUUUCUUUAAUUCUAUGGGUACAGGAUAUCCUGGAUAUGUGUAUAUCAGCACUUAAGUACUUAAAUUUUGUACUAGUAAUUUCUAUAAAUAAAAUGGCUAAUGGCAUUUGCUAGCUUGUUUAGCAUUAAAAUGCCUAAAUUGAAUGCCUUGAACUACUGUUUGUAAGACACUUUCAAGCUACCGUUUGUACAAUUUGAAUAUAUGGAAUAUAUAUGUUACUUACA